AUGUUCAAGACACCGCUGCCGGAGCAGAUCUCACCAACAUGGAAAAUGAUGUUGCUCAGCGACGGGUCUGUCACCAGACACCUGCAGCUGCUCACUGGCCAACACAUUGAAGUGGAUUGCCUUGAGAUGCGGGACAUUGGGAAGGACUUGGCAGGGCUUCCUGAAGGAGCUGAUCAGAUCCUUGGGCCCAGGGUGCAGCGGCAGGGCUGCGGUGCCAGCAAAAAAGGGCGUGCUCUGGUGUAUGCAGCCUCCUGGUGGAGCGCUGACCAGGUGAACGAGUACCUGAGGGACAAGCAGCUGCCCAUCUGGGCCAGCCUCAGUGUGGCGCGCACUGAGCUGUACAGAGAUGUUCAGGCCGUCUACUAUGGCAGCUCUCCCUUCCUUGAAAGGGAGUUUGGGGAGCCUGGUCCGUUUUGGGGGCGGCAGUAUUUCUUCUGGCACAAUGGCAAGCCGCUCACAGUAAUUUAUGAGGUGUUCUCUGGGUCCCUACAGAGACUGCUGGGCCCUUCACUGCGCUUGUGA